AGAUGUGAUGGAGGAAGUUGCACACAUCUGCAGUUCCCCGAGUGAAGGUACUGGUGGCCCCACAUUGCUGUGAGAAAGAGAGAGAUUGGAGUUGCUUGUGCUUUCUCCCGGCCUUUGGAGAUCCAGCCUGAGAGAGAUGCAGCUGCCAGUGCUGGUGGGGUCCCUUGCGGUCCUGCUGGGUGCGUCCCGGGCACCGGACCCUGCCCUGGAGGAAGGCUGGCGAGGAUGGAAGACCUUCCACGCUAAGGAGUAUCCUGAAGAGGCGGAAGCUUUCCGCAGGACGGUCUGGGAGAAGAACCUGCGGCGGAUCGAGCGCCACAACCUGGAGGAGUCUCUGGGGAAGCACAGCUACCGCCUGGAAAUGAACCACUUCGGGGACCUGACGGACGAAGAGUUUAACCAGCUUCUGAAUGGUUUCCUAGCCGAGCGGCAUGGCGGGAAGGUGCCUCUCUUCCAGGAAUUGGCUGCUUGGGAGACUCCCACGGAGGUGGACUGGCGCGCAAAGGGUUACGUCACCCCCGUGAAAAACCAGGGCCACUGCGGGUCCUGCUGGGCUUUCAGUGCCACGGGAGCCCUGGAGGGCUUGGUCUUCAAGAAGACGGGCAAACUGCUGUCGCUGAGCGAGCAGAACCUCAUGGACUGCUCGAGGAGGCUGGGGAACAACGGGUGCCAUGGGGGCUUCAUCACUCGGGCCUUCCAGUACGUGCGGGACAACAAGGGCAUCAACUCGGAGCUCAACUACCCCUACUUGGAGAGGGACGAAUUCAGCUGCCAUUACAACCCCCAGGACAACGCUGCCAACUGCACCUCUCUCAUGCAGAUCCAGCCGGGCAACGAGACAGCUCUGGAGCAGGCGGUGGCCACUGUCGGCCCGGUCUCCGUUGCCGUGGAUGCCAGCACCUUCUACUUCCACUUCUACAAGUCAGGAGUCUUCACCGACAGCCAGUGCAGCCAAACAGUGAACCACGCGAUGCUGGCCGUGGGCUACGGCACAUCUCAGGAGAAUGGGAAGACCGCCCCCUACUGGCUCCUAAAGAACAGCUGGUCUGAGCUAUGGGGCGAAAAAGGUUACAUCCGGCUGGCGAAAGGAGCCAACAAUCACUGUGGUGUGGCCAAUCAAGCAAGCUAUCCCGUCUUGUAGCCAGUGCUGGGUUUUCCUCCUGCCCUGGGCCUGCAUGGCAGAAGGCCUCACAUACUGUGUGGGGUUUUUUUUCUUCCCACAGUCAAAAUGACUUGAUCUUCGUCUUCAGCAUGGAGAUUCUUUUUGCUCCUGGCAGUGAUUUCUGGGCUAUUUCUUAGCUGCGAUUUACAUGGGUUUAGAAGCGAUUAAAAGUUGUGCAGCAAAUUGCUCUUGCAAGCCUGGGUAAGUCCUGUUCUGGUUACGCCGCAGCAUCGCUGAACGAGGCUUAGUGGCCUGUCCGACGUAUUCAUAAAAUAAAGAAUGUUUUCCUCUCAGUG